AUAAUCGUUCGACUUGGAUCUUAAAACAAAGAAAGAGAGCGUGACGCACAGUGUGGUGCUCCGUUAAUGCCAAACGUAAAGGAAGACAGUUUAGUGUAUAUUUAUGUAGGUCUGUUAUCUCCUCCCAUAUGUCGACCUGAAGUGCACUCGAUGAUAUAUUUUCGGACCAGAAAAGUAAAUCCAUUCAAAACGAACGAAACGUUUAGUCGUUCGUUUAACACAGAAGUACCGAAGUACCUCUAAGUAAAAACAUGAAGAUCUACCUGCAAGUCAAUCUCGUUCAAAGAAAGGUACCGUAUUCCUGAAAUAGUUAUUAUACUGAAACACUAAGAGGUCGUUGAACAAGUUCUACUGUAUCUACAUUCCCACCAAAUUUACAUUUAUAAUGUAGCCAGGAAAAAUUAACAUCAGAACAGUGUAGAUAGUUUACAACCAAUAGUAUCCGUGUAUCAAUACAGUGCGCGCGUUCGUUUACGUAGGUAUUUGUCUGUGUAUAAUCUACACAACAGAAAGAUAUAAUGCAAUUAUGUGUUUGGUACAUGAUUAGAUAAAAAUGAAAGUUCCAUGUUCCGUGAACAUUUCUAAAGGCAACUUCGUGUAUGUUAUGCGUGUACCGCAAUUGUGUUAAUAGGUGAUCGUGUCAUAAAAGUUGUUUUAUUUUUAACGUCCAGAAAAAGUGAAAGGAUAUACCUAUGGAGAAAAAACAGGACAUCGAUACCCUAAUGGGUUAUUUAGGUGAAUUUGGCAAAUACCAGAUCUUUCAGUAUAUCCUUCACGUAUUAUCUGCAUUAUGUGCUGGACUUCAUAUGUUAACUCUGGUAACCGUGGCUGCUGUACCUGAUCACAGAUGUUUUAUCCCAGAAUUAGAUGCAAAUGAUUCAAUUUGGAACAUAACAAAUGUCGACCUAGCUCUCUACAUUCCUAGGCUUCCCACAGGAGAGUUCGAUACAUGUCACAUUUACAACGAAAGAAACGAAUCAAUGUUAUGUAAUGCCUGGAUCUACGAUCCCACAUACCACCCGUCAUCGAGAGCAACGGAAUGGGACUUUGUGUGUCAUAGAAGAUGGAUGGGAGCUGUCGCUCAGUCUGUGUAUAUGUUCGGUGUAUUUACGGGAGCUGUUGUCCUUGGAAAUAUGGCUGACAAAUAUGGGAGGAAGACUAUAUUUUGCAUUUCUGCUGUUCUCACCCUCAUCUUCAGUGUUUCAGUUGCCUUUAUUUCUAACUAUUACGCUUUUCUCGUAUUAAGAUACUUCUACGGCAUUUUCGGAUCUGCAGGUAGUUAUAUUACCGGCUUCGUUCUUACCAUGGAACUCGUAGGUCCGUCAAAACGAACUGCAUGCGGAGUUUUCUUCCAAUUCACAUUCGCAAUUGGUAUAAUGAUGGUUGCUGGUUGGGGUGCGCUAAUAAAAGACAGACAAAUACUUCAAGUCAUCUAUGGUCUUCAUACACUUCUACUGAUUGGUCACUGGUGGCUUAUGGACGAAUCUCCCAGAUGGUUAUGGAUGCAGGGUCGAACAAAAGAGGCAGUAAUUAUUAUUAAGAAAGGCCUUAAAAUAAACGGGAGUGCGAUACAUUUAGACGAAGCUGACUAUGAAGCACCACCUAGAGUUGAAAACGUUUCGGAAGAAAGUGAUAUAUCUUCAGGAGGUAUUUCUGAUUUAUUCCGCACACCGAAUCUUCGGAAGAAAACACUAAAUAUUUGUUUAUGCUGGUUUGCAAAUUCUCUGGCCUACUAUGGUCUUUCUCUUAGUACUGGGAAACUUGAAGGAAAUCCAUUCCUUAUGUUAUUCCUUUCUGGACUUGUAGAACUGCCAUGUUAUGUUCUAUUAAUAACUAUAAUGGAUAGAGCUGGUCGAAGGCCACUCAUAGCCUUCUAUAUGAUUACUGGUGGUAUUUGCUGUAUAACAGCUGCGAAACUGACUCCUGCUACUGUAGGGGCUAUUUCGGCCGCUAUGAUUGGAAAAUUUCUCAUUUCCAGUUCUUUCGCAAUAGUUUAUAAUUAUUCCGCAGAACUUUUUCCGACUGUAAUACGAAAUUCUGCAUUAGGUCUCGGAUCUAUGUGCGCCAGGCUUUCUGGUACAUUAACUCCUCUUGUGACCCUUCUUGAUUCUUUCGAUCCCACUCUUCCAGCCAUUGUAUUCGCAGUUAUAGCCUUGAUUUCAGGCGCGCUUACCCUCUUUUUACCUGAAACUAUGGGGGCGCCAAUGCCUGAGAGCAUACAAGAUGGAGAAGAGUUUGGUAAAAAUGACACUUGCUUCACUACAUGCUUCCGAAGAAAAAAGGUUGUCGAUAAAAAAGAAGAAGGUCAAUUGGAACCCCUUAACAGUGAUAAAGUGUAAUUGGGAGGAGGAAGAACAACUUGUUAUUCAGUUGCUAAACAAAUACUGAUAUUUAAGCUAUUCCAUAAAGAAUGCUUUUGUCGUUCGAUAACAGGAGCAGUGAUAUUCAAAGAAAUGAUUUUUUUAUUUUUGAACCAUGUUUGUAAAAAGGAUAAUCAAUUAAAUGUGUUACAAUAAAAGAUUAUGUUAUUUGUA